CCGCUGUGCUCUAGGACUACGUUUCCCGGCGCGCCCCGUGCCGCGGUCACGUGGUGUCGGCGAUGGAGGCGCCGUGCAGACACCGCGCGUUGUACAAGGGAACGAACGUGCCGCCAUGGAAGGAAACGUACCGGAGGCGCUGCCUGGAGCGGCUGAGGAGCAGCAGGGAGCGGCUGCUGACACGGUACCGACAGGCCGGGCCCGGCCCCGGGGCGCUGCUGGUACCGGAGGUGAUGGAGGGAGAGUGGAGGAACAUGAGAGGGAACGGGGAGCGGCAGCAGAUGCCGGAGGACCCGGACGAGCUGGCGGUGCUGGAUGAGAUCGAGCAGGAGCUGAUCCUGCAAGAACAAUUGGUUAUAGAAGAGUACGAGCGAAGUCUGCGGUUUGAUGAAGAAUGCCUCAAUGCAAUCCUCGAUGGCUUGGAUGCCAGCAACAGAAUCAUCUGCCCAGUGUGCAGAAAGAACCAUCUGACUGUGAGGAGCCACUCAGUUUUCUGCCAGUGUGGGUUGGAUGUCCCUGCCCAGGAUAUGACAGAAGAGAAGCUUCGGUCACUCCUAGAGAACACUAUAACAGAGCACAGUCACAGGUGCCUUCACAAUCCAGAGUUCACAUUUACCAAUGGGAUGGAGGAGGAGGCCAGUCUGCUCAUGACCUGUCCAGUCUGUGACUUCUGGAUGAUUCUCCUCUAAGUUGCUUCAGCUGCUGCUUUUUUCUUCAGUGACUUUGAGACUAGAACUCAACCCAGAGCUGCUACUGUCUUCUAAUGUCCAUACACUUAUGUGUCCUGUGUCAUACAUACUCCAAGGCAACGCUACUGCCUUACCCUGCACUUUUGAUGGCACAGUCCAUGUUUUUAUAAUAAAUACUUCAUCCUUCAUAUCAUC